CGCUGGACAUAAUAGAGAGAGAGAGAGAGAUGGGACUGCUCUCUAACAGGAUCGACAGAGGCAGCCUUAAACCAGGGGAUCACAUCUACUCAUGGAGGAAUGCUUAUGUUUACGCCCAUCACGGCAUCUAUGUUGGAGAUGAUAAGGUAAUCCAUUUCACCAGAGGACAGGGUCAGGAAGUGGGGACUGGAACUGUGCUGGAUGUUCUCCUAUUAAGCUCCGGACCAGCCAGAUCUCAACCCUGCUCCACCUGCGCACCACUAGAAGAACAUCAUGGAGUCGUCUCUUCAUGUCUGGAUUGUUUUCUUGCUGGUGGAGUCCUAUACCGUUUUGAAUACGGUGUCACUCCUGCUCUCUUUCUUGCAAAAGCACGGGGUGGAACAUGCACCCUUGCUGUCUCUGACCCAAAUGAUAUUGUCGUCCACCGAGCAACCUACUUGCUUAACAAUGGCUUUGGGUGUUACAAUGUUUUCAAGAACAACUGUGAAGAUUUUGCCAUUUACUGUAAGACCAGUUUCCUUGUUGUCGAACAAGGAACACUUGGCCGGAGUGGUCAGGCAAUAUCGAUCAUUGGGGGGCCCCUUGCUGCUGUCCUGUCAACACCCUUGCGCCUUGUUACAACCAAUGUGUAUGGGAUGACAGCAGCAGCAAUUGGGGUCUAUUGUGCUAGCCGGUAUGCUGCAGAUAUUGGCAUGAGGAGGGACGUCGUGAAGGUAGCAGUGGAAGAUCUGACAGCAAGAUUGGCAGCAGGUAGACUCCAGGUGGUUGAGGCGGUUGGUGCAACACCUGCACUUGCAGCCAAUCGGUGAUUGGUUUUCAUAAACAAUGUAAUGUAAGGCUUGUUCUAUGACUGAUCUUUGAUUUAUAAAUUGUUGGAAACUGCGGUUCCAACAUGCUGGGGUGAUUGUGUUUGUGUACCUUCUAAUUAAAUUCAGAACUUUUGGGGGUUGGAGUUGCUUGGUGGGUCUUGUCCAGCCUUUCUGCUUUUCUUUCU